AUGCUAAAGUUUGCAAAGCCAAGCAGGACCACGGGUCAGAACUUGGUCGGACUCUGGCGACCCUCGUUCACGCGCGUCGACCAGAAACUAUAUCUCUUUGGAGGAGGAGGACAUGUCACCAAUGACCUUCACGUCCUCGACCUCGUUACCAUGCAUUGGGACUGUAUCGUGGCCAAGGACGGUGUCCCACCUACCAAGCGAUAUGGACAUACUGCAGUCCUAUGGAACCAGAACAUCAUCAUCUUUGGUGGUGCGAAUGAGUACACGGAUUAUCGUGACGAUGUGAUUAUGUUUUCAUUGCAGACGCGGACGUGGUCACGACCAGAGAUCAGGGGCGAGGUGCCGGCGCGUUACCUUCAUUCGGCCACAGUGUACCGAAACAAAAUGUAUGUCUACGGAGGAUUCGCCAAAAACUCAAAAUGCACAUAUGUCCUGGAGGAGAUGAGGAUAUUGAAUUUGGAAACAUGGACGUGGUCAGACGCCUAUGCCGUGCCCGCACGCUACAACCACUCGGCAAGCUUGAUCGGCUCGAAGCUUUGGAUCUAUGCAGGAAAAGAUGAAGCCGGCAACACUGUCUCUGAUCUAUACUCAAUCGAUUUGGUGACCCUCAGGGUGCUCCCACACACAGGCAUCACUGGAAAGGUGGUCCUGCUUAAGUCUCAACACUUUUCAGAGUCAAUCGGCAACCAGCUAGUGGUGUUUGGAAAGUACCCCAACGAGGCCACACAGACGAGUCUCUACUGCCUCUGGAUAAUGGAUCUGGAUCAACUCGAGUGGCGGAAACUGGAUGUGGACCAAUGUCUCGAGAACGGUGUCUGGAAUUACUUUACCAUUGUCUCAAAGAAAGCGCAACAAACUCCACGGCUGGAGUCUGGCGAUGAUAUGGACUGUGGCAUGGACUUGGACGAGGAUGAAUCGGCUCCACGACUGGUCUUCCUUGGCAACACCGAGAAGGAUCGCCCUCAACCCUACGACCAUUUUCGUGAGGUACUCUCGAUCAAUGUCGAAUAUCUCGGAGUCUUCCAGAUCCCGCCCUCGAACCUGCAAUCCCAAAUGCGCAUGAUGCUUGACAAUGACGAGUUUUCGGACUUUACGGUCAUUCCCAAAGGAUCGUCUCGCAAGAUUCACGUCCACCGAAUGGUUUUGUCGACACGCUGGCCGCACUUUAGAAACAUGAAUGCGUCAGGGAUGAUCGAGUCGAAGCAAGGGUCGAUGACGCUUCCAGAGCCGUACUCGGUCGUGUACGCGUUCCUGUCGUUCCUGUACACGGACACUGUUAACAGCGAGCUGGAGUACUCGGUGGUCUGCGAUGUGAUGGUGAUGGCCAACAUGUAUCUUCUGGAGCGACUCAAGAAGCUUUGCGCCUCGAUACUGCACCGAUACCAUCUCCAGAUCGAAACAUGUGUCCGUAUCUUCCAAGCGGCGUGUGUCUCGCAGGAACAUGGACUCAAGAAGCUGUCUCAGGAGUUCAUCUUUCGACAUUGCGGCGCGGUCAUGAAGACGGAUGACUGGAUGUUGAUGUGGAGUGGAGGCGCAGAUGGUUCCUCAGGAGAGCAGCGAGCGGCUCUGGAAGAGUUUAUUGAUGGCGUUCCUGAGGAGGCUAUUCUGGAGACUGCACCUGGGUCACGACGGACUAGCGACGGCUAUGGAGCCGUUGGGUAUGACUCUGUAGCCAACUUUGAACCUUCCUUGCGAAAGGAUGUUCCCUAG